CUCUUGAUUUGCAGAAGACAGAGAGAAAACAAAAAAACUGAAUUGAUUUCAUGCUUUUCUGGGCCUGAGAAUUCAUGAGUUUUCGAGCUGCCUUGGGCUUUGAAGAUCAAUUGUGUGUGGAAAGACCUGAAAUUAGGUGUGAAUUGGUGAAGGCAAAAAUCUGAAAAGCGUGUUGAAAGGCAUAGUCAAUGGUUGGUCAAGUCAGCCAAAAAGGCUUUAAUGCUCAGAAAGGUCAAAAAAAAUACAUUAAAAGAUCGGUGCAGGGUAACUUGUGGUGGUGAGUGUUAUUGUUACCAGGCGGACAAACGAAAUAAAAGGGAGAAUUUUGUACAGAUGUUGAGAGUUUUUGAAAGGAGAAAUUGAAAAUUGAUACUGUAGCGGUUCUGCAGAUUUUUGGUUGCAGGUGGGGAUUGAAGGGGGAAGAUAUUGUGAAGAGUUGAAAUUGGGUGAUAAAUUGUGUUCUGGAGCAUUAAAGGCUGGUGAAAGAGCUGAAUUUCGAGAUGUCUGGUGGGGUGAAUUUGACGUGCCGUGUGAUAAUUUGUUAGUGAAAGUUUUUGUGGGUGGUUUUUCUUUAAGAAAAAUUUGGUACCCAAUAAGGAAAUAUGAUUGCCCAAUUAAGGAAAGUGAUCCAUGGUUGAGAAAAUCAGACAUGGGCGUGUGAGAAACCCGGCUGAAGUUGGGUUCCGUUUGGAGGAAUCGGGCUUUGACAUUGUGGAGGUUGGCUAAAUUGGAGGAAAAAAUUGUGGGAUAGGAGGCUUUAAAUUUGAAAAGAAUAAGUUUGUUAGAAGAGAAGAAUUUGGUGGCGAUUAUACAGUUAGUCCGCUAAAUUUAGCUCCUUGCUGGAAUAAAACAUGGAGCCGAUAUGAUAGAGGUUUUUGCCAAUUUGAUUGCACAUAGAGCAAAAGGGAUAAUGGGUAUUUGUGUGCAAUAAUUUUAAGUGGGUAGUCUUGUAAGAAAUAAUUCUAUUGCAUUUGAAUAAGUGAAAGCUCGGGUGUUGUUUUAUGUAAGAGAUUUUGGAGGUUUUACAGGAAUGGAGAAUAUUGUGAAAGUGGGCAGAGAUAAUAUAGAGGAAAUGUACAAAACCCUAGCAGGAUGGUCCAGAGCGUUACCAGAAAGAGAAUAUUUUGGAGGAAGUUUAGCGGGGAUAGUAGAAAUCAACGACUUUGGAAUCUGCCAUUGAGAAUUGGUGUGCUUAAUGAACGCUGGAGCAGCUCAAAGAGAUAUUGUAGUAGACACUUUUCUGAUUGUUUUUGUUAAUCAAGAAGCUUUUCUGGGUUGUUUUUAAGGCAAUAAUGCGAGCAGGGCUUAGUACAGUGCAGCAGACAUUAACCCCAGAGGCGGCAAACAUAUUGAAUCAUGCCAUAGCAGAAGCUUGCCGCCGAGGACAUGGGCAGACCACUCCUCUUCAUGUUGCUGCAACGCUUCUGGCAGCACCUGCUAGUCAUCUUCGCCAAGCAUGCAUUCGAUCGCAUCCUAAUUCAACUCAUCCCCUUCAAUGCCGGGCACUGGAACUUUGUUUCAGUGUGGCUCUGGAGCGAUUGCCAGCAGCGCAGGGCCUUGUUCCUGGUAGCGAACCCCCAAUUUCAAAUGCUCUCAUGGCCGCCCUUAAGCGAGCCCAGGCACAUCAGAGGAGAGGAUGUCCUGAGCAGCAGCAGCAGCCUCUGUUGGCAGUUAAGGUAGAAUUGGAACAACUUAUUGUAUCGAUACUUGAUGAUCCCAGUGUCAGCAGGGUGAUGAAGGAGGCUAGUUUUUCUAGCCCUGCUGUGAAGGCAACUAUUGAGCAGGCCAUCAGUAUGGCUAGCUCUCAUUCAUCGAUCUCCCUUCCAUCUAGCGCCAUGGAUCGCGUGGGCUUCAGAUUGAGCAGCACACCUUCAAUUUUGGGAAACCUGGGCAGAAACCAGCAUUUUGAGGCAAUCAAUAGAAACUUAGAUGAAGUAAGCUCUCACCCAAUUUCACAAAGAAAUCCCUACUUGAGCCACCGGUUACAGACAACAAUGGGUGCCUCCGACUUGUCUAGCAAUAGAAAUGAGGAGAUUAGGAAAGUUAUGGAGAUAUUACUAAGAGUCAAGAAGAGGAACCCAAUUCUUGUAGGAGAGAAAGAACCUGAAGCUGUAAUGAAAGAACUUGUGCAUAGAAUAGAAAAGGGUGAAACUCCGGAGCAGCUUCGAGGCGUUCAGAUCCUUGAAACAGAGAUAUCAUCAUUCUGUUCUGGAAAUAGGGAUAAAGACAACAUUGAUAUGAAGUUCAAGGAAUUGGACCGAGUAGUGGAGAGUCAUUUGAAUGGUGGUGUGAUUCUUAACGUGGGUGAUUUAAGGUGGCUUGUAGAGCAGCCAAAGGCAGGAGGAGGGGCAGCAAUAGGUGUGGGAGUCUCAUCUUCUGUGCAGCAAGUUGUGUCGAAAUUGGGGCAUUUGUUAGCUAGGCAUGGAACGUCUGGUCGAAUAUGGCUCAUUGGAAUUGCAACCUGUGAAACAUAUCUUCGGUGUCAAGUAUAUCAUCCCUCAGUGGAGAGUGAUUGGGAGAUGCAACCUGUACCUAUGGCUGCUAGACCUGCUCCAGGAAUGUUUCAGAGAUAUGUUGUUAGCAAUUCAAUGGACUCACUUAUUCCCCUAAAGCCAUUUCCAGCAAUGGUGCCCCCAGCAAAGAAGUCUGCAGAAAGUAAUGAAUUGAAGAAAAAAAUUCAUUGCUGCUCCCAGUGUAUGGCUAACUACGAACAAGAACUCAGUAAAAUGGAGGAGGAGAAGAAGGCUAGUGUGCUUUCUGCAUCUCCACAGUCCAUAUCAGAAGAUCAGACAUCACAGACAUUGCCUCCUUGGCUUAAAAGUGCAGCAAGAACAACUAGCAGUGUCAAAGGACCAGAUACAUUGCAGGCAAAAGAUCAGGAGCUUGUGUGGAAUAAAAAACUGGAUGAAAUGCAAAAGAAAUGGAGUGAUACAUGUCGUUCUUUGCAUCCUCAUUUUCAUGUACUGCGACCAGUUAUAUCAGUUAGCCAACAGGAAUCAUUAAGGACACCUGCUCAGGCAAUGGAUGCAAAUGAAAAAAGACAAAUUGAUUGUACUGUUGAAAAUUCAGGAUUUCAAGAUCCAAGUAGAGGCAACAGGAUGUUUUCUAUGCCACUCGACUCUUUAUGGCAUCCAUCUUCUCAGUCCCAGUGUGCUGUGCCUAUCUUGGCACAAACUAAUGGGACAGUAGUUGAGGGCAUUUCUAGAGCUUCUUUUACAAAAGGUCAUGCCAGAAUCCCCCAGGUUGGGCUUGGAGGUUCCUCAUGUGACCCCUCAAUGAGCUUGCCACGAUCCUGUCAUGCAUCUACUCCCCAGCCAACCUCAGUUAUGACGGAUCUUGCAUUAGGAAGGUCUAGUUUGCUUUUAUCCCCUUCUUGCAACAUAAGCACCAUAGGUGAAAGGAACCCUGUGGAAUUGUCCCACAAAGAACGUCUGAAUGACUUACCAGGUUGUCGACCAUCUAACUUUAAUUUACCUUGGCAACUUUCUCCCAAAGUGUCAACUCGAUUGACUGAUGCACACCCACCUGGAGCAACAAGGUCUUUGUUUGAUCAGAAAAGUAGUAAAGAUUUUGGCUCAAAUCAACAUGUGGAUGCAGAUGCAUUCAAGAAAGUUUACAAGGGUCUUGAUGAAAAGGUUGGGUGGCAGAAUGAGGCAGUUGUUUCUGUGACAAAUGCAAUUAUGCAAUGUAGAUCAGGGAACAAGCGUCGUGGUAUGGGUCUGAAAGGAGAUAUAUGGUUGCUUUUCAUGGGUCCUGAUCGAGUGGCAAAAUGGAAGAUGGCUGCAGCUCUCCCUGAGCUUAUAUUUGGGAGCGAACGAAAUUUUGUUUGUAUCAAAUUAAGCUCACAUGACAGUGUGAUGUCUUCAAGUUGGAAUCAAGGCCCAUGUGAAUAUGCUGUCAACUUUCGGGGAAAGACAGCUUUAGAUAGGAUUGCUGAAGCAGUUAGGCAGAAUCCAUUCUCUGUUGUACUUUUGGAAGAUGUAGAUCAAGCUGAUUCUUUGAUUCAUGGCAGCUUGAUUCAGGCAAUUGAGAAAGGAAGGUUAUCAGAUUCACAUGGAAGAGAAGUUAGUGUUGGUAAUGUAAUUUUCAUCAUGACAAGUUCAAGGACAGAGAAAGACCAGGAGUCAGCAAGGCAAGAUGUACGUUUUUCUGAAGAAAAAGUAGCAAUGGCUUGUGGAUGGCCAAUGCAGCUUUCAGUUGACAGUGCCCGAUUUGAAGUUCUAAUCAGCAAAUGUAAGAGAGUUUUUGUUACUAAUUCCUCUCAAGAGUCAGAAAAUAAGAAUAAUGAACCUCUGCCUUUAGGCUUGGGUUUGAGAGGCAAACGGAAAGCUGACUGGAUGAAAAAUGAACCAGCUCAAAAUGAUUGUGGAAAGAAUCUCAAGAAGAUAAGUAAAGAACCUUUGGUAUGCUUGGACUUGAACCUCUCUGUAGAGGAGAAUGAUGCAACAGACUUUUCUGUUAGUCAAGGACCUGCUGAAGCAUGCCAAGGAUCUCGUGACUCAAGUGACCUGACAGUUGAGCAGGGAGUUAAAUUUGCCAGCGAACAUUUCAAGGAGCUUGCUGAUUUAGUGGAUGAGAGAGUAGUUUUUAAGCCUUAUGAUUUUGAAAGUCUCGCAGAUAAAAUUGUUGAGACCAUUAGUUCAAAGUUCUUCAGUAUAAUUGGAGCUGAAGGGUUAAUGGAGAUUGAUGUAAAAGCUCUGGAGCAGAUCCUUGCUUCUGUUUGGUUCAACCCUGAUGGAAUGAAGAUGUUUGAGAAUUGGAUUGAACAGGUGCUGGAAUGCAGUUUAAUGGAAGUACGCACAUCAUGCAACGUUUCAGCUGACACAGUUAUUAAACUAUUUAUUGAGAAGGAUUGUUUUUCUGGAGGAAAACCACCUGCAGCAUGUCUCCCUAGAAAAAUCUCAGUUAACAGACGAACUAAACCCUGCCAAAAUGCAGGUGCUAUUUAAAUCAUGCUGCCAUUCUCAAUGAAAAAGUUUCCUAAUAUCAAGACUGCUUUGCAAAACCUGAUAAAAUUGGAAGCUCUCUCAUAUUUAUUCAUUUUUUCAUAUAACAGCGGCAUAACAUUUCUGUUUAAAUUCGAGGCAAAGCCAGGCAACUACAUCGUAUGUUAGGUUAUUCGAGGUUAAAAUCUAACUAGAUCUGUAAAACUUUACUUAGAGUGUAUAAUAGUUUCAAUCCUGCAUUCAUUUUACCCUUUUUACUGGAUCCAGAGCCUUUGUGGGUUCAUUUGGUGCUCUUACCUUUCAUAUCAAAGCGAAGUUCUCCAUUUAUAACAGCAAUAUAUUGUUGUAAUUUACUGCUCCCUUCUAUUUCGCAUAUUGUUUAAGGAAAGCUAGUUAAAAAAGGAAGUAUGUUGAUAUUUUAAGUUUUCA